AUGGCCGGUGGAUCGCACCGAUUCGCGGGGUGGCCUCAACUAGCCGCAGCGGUGGUGUUAAUUCAGAUUACUACAAUCACUGAUUGCGUAGAAGCGUUUCCCGAAAGAUCAGGUGAUUUCAUCCCUCCGCAAUUUGUUACCUGCCCGGGAAACAUUGACCGGACCGGAUCGGUGGGCAACGCGACUGCCGGUGUGUCGGUGUCCUGGCCCCCACCAAACGCCACCGACAGCGGCGGUGGAACGGUGAGUCUCUACCAAACGGCCGGGCUUCCGUCUGGUUCCCGCUUUCACGAAGGAACACAUUUCAUCGCCUAUACUGCAACGGAUGCUGCGGGGAAUACGGCUACAUGCUCGUUUUACGUUCAAGUUGCUUUCAACGCUGAUUACUGUUCGUCUCACCCAUGUCUGAAUGGAGGGCUUUGUGUUUCUGCGACCAACUCAUACCUGUGUGUUUGCACAACAGGAUAUGUCGGUGUUCGAUGUGAUGCAGAUUUAAAUGAAUGUGCGUCAGUCCCAUGCCUUAAUGGCGGUGUUUGCAACGACGGUGUAGGCAGAUAUGAUUGCUCCUGUAGGCCAGGCUAUACCGGUACACACUGUGAGGUGUACGAUCAUGCAUCAACAACGCCCAGCCCAACCCCAGAUCCAUGUUCGCCACCACCCUGUCAAAACGGCGGAUCGUGUAUGGCGUCUCUUGGGAGUUAUUAUACCUGCGUGUGUGCCGCUGGGUCCUACGGAGCUAACUGUGAACACCAAGAUCCAUGUUCCCGAUCGCCAUGUCAUAACGGCGGAACGUGCCACCGGGUCAGUAACGAGAACUUUUCCUGCGACUGUGCGGUCGGUUUUAGCGGCUCCCUAUGCGAGAACGGAGUUGAUUUCAUCCCUCCGCAAUUUGUUACCUGCCCGGGAAACAUUGACCGGACCGGAUCGGUGGGCAACGCGACUGCCGGUGUGUCGGUGUCCUGGCCCCCACCAAACGCCACCGACAGCGGCGGUGGAACGGUGACUCUCUACCAAACGGCCGGGCUUCCGUCUGGUUCCCGCUUUCACGAAGGAACACAUUCCAUCGCCUAUACUGCAAUAGAUGCCGCGGGGAAUACGGCUACAUGCUCGUUUUACGUUCAAGUUGCUUUCAACGCUGAUCCCUGUUCACCACCACCAUGUCUGAACGGCGGAGUGUGCACAAGGACUGGCGUGAGACUUUAUACCUGCAGGUGUGCCGCUGGGUUCUACGGAGCUAACUGUGAGCAUGUGCAAGAUCCAUGUUCCCGAUCGCCAUGUCUUAACGGCGGAACGUGCCAACGGGUCAGUAACGAAAACUUUUCCUGCGAUUGUGCGGUUGGUUUUAGCGGCUCCCUAUGCGAGAACGGAGCUUUCGAAAGUUGUCCGGAGAGCAUUCGUGUGACCCUGCCCCUCGGUGAGACACAUGGCUACGUCACUUGGGCCGAGCCCGAACUCAGCGUCGGAUUUGAAUUGGGGAUGGCCAGAUCAAAUUUCGAGCCUGGGAGUUCGUUCGCAAUCGGGCAUCACAGGGUCGUGUACAUGUACGGGAAUGCAUAUACCACGGGGUGUGUCUUCUAUAUCAACGUUGUUGUUGAAAACACAGACCCUUACAUUCAGGACUGCCCUCAAGAUGUCCAAGUUAACCUACCGUCUGGCCAGCUCGAGGCCUACGUCACGUGGUCCCAACCCCAGGUGAUUGGUGGUGGCGGGCACGUGGUCGAUGUCGUCACAGCAGGGGGCGGGCAGACGAAACCUGGUGCCCGGUUCUCCGCUGGUAACCACGAGUUGGUCUAUCAGAUCAAGCAAAACGCCACCGAAUGGCGGAGACUGUGUUCGUUCAACGUGAACGUCAUGGAAAACGGAGCCCCCGCCGCAAACGACUUUUACUGCGGCACCAGCGACCAUACCACCACCCUCGUUCUCGGAAGUAUUCUUAUCGUCGCUGUAGUUGCAUGCGUCGGCCUUUGCUUCCUGUAUUCAAGGACCAGACGACAGCUAUCCAGAGGUGGGUCUCGUUCCAUGGUUCCCAUAGACUCUGUUGCAGCCAAGCCUAAGGCGAUCAACAACAUCAGCAACUUCAGCGACCCGGGGCAAAGGUCCAGGUACCAGACCAACACCCAGCAGCUCCCGCCCAUCCCGCUGCCCAAACCUGGUCUGGUACCCGAGGACAACGCUUACGAGGCGUUGGACAACUACGGCUACAUGUGCCUUGAGUUACAGAAGCACAACAGGGACGGGUACCAGCUGCCCAGAGCCGUGUACCAGGCGUCCAAAGGAAUCAAUGAGUAUUAGCUAUUGUCUUUGGAAUUAUGAACCACGCAGAGGGAAACUGACUAGGAAUAUUAUACCAAUUGAAAAUUCAAACAAAGAAAUUGACCGGAGCGGGCCACACUGGUUUAUGGCUUCUGACUAGCGCCCCUUGAGCAAAGAUAUUGACCAAUUUGGGAACCGCCAACAUAGGUCUGGAUAACUCAGUUGGUAGAGCACCGCAACGGUAAUCCGGAGGUCGCAGGGUCAAGCUAUUCAAGCCUUGCAUGCUCCAGUCAAUUUCUUUGUUCAAUUUUUCAAUUGUCUUUGAAAUUUGUUGUUCAAUUUCUUUAGUUAAAAUAUUGUGUCUAAUAACCAUUCGUUUAUAAUCUAGUGAGAAUGCGCAGAACUUGUACGUGUAUAUACUGAGCCCCAAAGUGUGCAAUCCUGAAGGAACCUAUAUAAUGGCGGGAAGCCUUGUCACUUUUUUUGUGACAAGUUUGUAAACAGGUAAUUGGUUGAAAAGUCUGAUAAUCAGAUAAUUGUUUGAUCAGAUAAUUGUUUGGUCUGUAUAAAAUGUGUCCGUAUUCCAUUGUAGGCCCCUGAUGUACCGGUACGUAUGAUGAAUGUUUAUGAGUGCAAUGAAGAAUGAUUCCAUUCGGUGACACGAGGCGAAGCUGAGCGGAAUGGAACAUCCCAUCUGCUACUGAAAAUUAUUCUUUCCAUUGCA